AUGUCCUUCCGCACGCUGCUUGCCCGCAUUCUCGCGAUACUACUCCCUCUCAGCGCCACAGCCACCCUCUACCUAUAUCUAUACCCCGUCCUCAACGGCUGCGCAUUCCCUCUUCCUCGCUCCCAAGUGACAAGAGCCGAAAGCUCUUCAAUACUAGAGAAAGUACAACAAAAUGCCUUUACCAAUACCAUCCUACAACAUCUCGCACCAGCCACUACAACGGACAACCAGCCCGCCAUUUUCAGACUCCUAGUCCUCGCAGACCCCCAAUUAGAAGGCGAUACAUCCCUCCCAUUCCCGGAAUUUGAACUCGUCCCCCGCAUACGAACACACUGGCGCGCCGUCCAUGAAGCAAUUGGCAAUACCGCAACAACCCCCGCCGUCUUCGGCCUGACCCCCGACGUUCGCUCCAACAUUACAACUAGUCUCUGGACACUAGCAACCGAAGAUAUUCCGCGCUCGCUAAGCGCAACACAAAAACGUAUCGAUCUCCUCGGAAACGACUUCUACCUCGCGCACAUCUACCGCACCCUCUUCUGGUGGACACGUCCUACACACACCACCGUCCUCGGCGACCUCCUCGGCAGCCAAUGGAUCACAGAUGAGGAAUUCUCAGACCGGAGCGACCGCUACUGGAACCGAGUCUUCAAAGGUGGCUUACGCGUCGACGAUGAAAUCACCUGGACAGGCGCCGUGGCCAGUCACGCUGCAGACCAGGACAAAUCAGACAAACAUCUCGAGCCCCUGGGUCCAGAUUCGGACCCGUCCUGGCCUCGACGCAUUAUCAAUAUCGCCGGAAACCACGAUAUUGGAUACGCGGGAGAUGUAAGCGAAGCACGGAUGGACCGCUUCGAACGCGAAUUCGGGCGCGCGAAUUGGGAUAUCAGGUUCCAGCAUCCUCCGCUCGUUGAUGACUCGCACGAUCACUCUGGAUCAGUACCCACGCUACAUGUUAUCAACCUUAAUACGCUAAUCAUGGAUACGCCUGCGUUGUCUUCUGAGCUCCAGUCGCAGAGCUACCUCUACCUCAACGACCUGAUCAGUCACCGACUGUAUCCCGUCGAGGAUAAAUCUGUUUUCACGCUGUUGCUUACGCAUCUUCCUCUUCACAAGAAAGAUGGUAUCUGCACCGAUGGACCGUUAUUUACUUUCCAUGAGGAAGAUGACGAUGAAGGUGUGGAUGGAGUCCCGCGCUUCAAGGCGGGUGGUUUACGCGAGCAGAACCACCUCAGUGAUUUUGUUAGUGACACAGGUAUUCUACGUGGAAUUUUCGGUAUGAGCGGAGAUGUUGAUGCUCCUGUGGGUGGGCGUGGACGGAAAGGAUUAAUCCUCACGGGCCACGACCAUGUAGGCUGUGAUGUGGUCCACUACGUCGAGCCUGUUGAAGAAUCGGAGAAGGAAGAAAGUGAGGCAGAUCUUCAUUGGAAAUGGGCUGCGAGACGGUAUGAGGAGAAUGGUGAUUCGGAAUCCCCCUCUAUCCGUGAAGUGACGCUUCGUUCUAUGAUGGGCGAGUUUGGUGGUAAUGCCGGACUUCUUUCGGUGUGGUUUGAUGCUGAUCUUGGGGAAUGGGAUUAUGAGAUUACCAUGUGUCCUGCUGGAGUGCAGCAUAUUUGGUGGGCAGUUCAUGUUGCUAUUUUGGUAACCAUCGCUGUUGGGUUACUUUGGGCUUUGACUGCGUUGGUUGGAGGUGGUUCUGGGAAGAGGAGGGGUGUAUAUGUGCCAAAGAUGGGGAAAGUGAGUCAGCCCUUGAGGGUUAAAGAGAAGGCCUCAACACAAGGAGCGGAGCCUCGAAAGCAGUGA